GUUUGAUAGGCAAAAAAUGGAGGAAAAUGUGUUCCCUUUCUUUUAAAAGAAAAAUGUUUUCUACUUUAAAAGAAUUAUCAUCCAUUGCAGGGGAAAUUGUUUUUCACCUAACAAAGGAGUGAUAAUAUUUUAUCACCCAAUCAAACACACCCUUAACAUACAGAGUAGUAAAUAGUAUUCUAGAAUGGAAAAAAAAAAUAGCAUGUAGCAAAAGCACUUAUAAAUGGUCUCACCCAGUAACACUAGUCGCUUGACAAAGAAACCAAAACCAAAACCAAAACAAAAACAAAAACCAGAAGUAUGUCUCUCUUCACUAUCUACCCCAUACUGUAUGUUCUAAACACUAUAAUCAUAGUUUUCACAACAACAAAUGCCAUCCAUGAUCCUAUCUUAACCAGUAAUGGCAUAGAUCAUCUUGCAUUACUAGCUAUCAAGUCGAAGAUUACUCAUGACCCUCAUGGGGUUUUGAGUUCUUGGAACGAGUCUGCCCAUUUUUGCCUAUGGGAAGGAGUCACUUGCAGUCACCAUCAUAAAAGAGUAACAACAUUGAGGCUAUCAGCUACAGGGCUAACAGGAACUUUAUCGCCUUCUGUAGGAAACCUCAGUUUUCUUCAUCAACUCAUACUAAUCAAUAACUCUAUUAGCGGCCCUAUACCUCCUGAAGUUGGUCGUCUUUUUAGGUUGCGAAGACUUCUUUUGCUCAACAAUGCAUUUGAAGGAGAAAUCCCUGCAAACAUCUCUGGUUGUCUGCAACUCAAUAGUUUAAGACUGAGUCGCAACAAACUUUCUGGGAAAAUCCCUUUCGAGCUUAGCUUCUUGUCGAAACUAGAAGAACUCGCACUUGAUUACAAUAACUUCACAGGUGACAACCUUUCUCCACUGGCAAAUUUAACUUCACUGCAACAAUUGUACCUGUCGAAUCAAGCAGGGCCUGGCUUUCAGGGUAGAAUCCCGGAUUUCAUUGGGAAGUUCAAAGACCUCGCAACUCUUGGAAUAGGAGCCAAUAGCUUCAAUGGUAAGAUUCCUCCAUCCUUAUACAACCUUUCUAAGAUGGAAAUAUUAUCCUUAUCUACAAAUCAACUAGAAGGGAGUCUUCCACCUGAUAUUGGCUUCUAUUUCCCACAACUUCGAUGGCUACAGGCAAGUGCAAACAACCUCUCUGGACUUAUUCCCUUCUCAUUAUCUAACCUCUCUAGGCUUGAAUUAUUAGAUCUUGCAUCUAAUAAUUUUAGAGGAAAGUUCUUGUUUGAUGGGAGAAAUAUGCAAAAUCUCACAAUGUUAUUCCUAUAUGAUGCUAAUGUAGGAAGAGGAGAACCUGAUGACCUCAAUUUUCUAGACACUUUAGUUAACUGUAGUCACCUGGAAAGCUUGUCAAUUAGCAAUAACCAUUUUAGCGGGAUCCUUCCACAUUCCAUAGCCAAUUUAUCCACCACAGUUCGAUACUUAGAUUUCGCAAACAAUCAAAUAUCAGGAACAAUUCCUUUGGGGUUGGAUAAGUUUCAAAGCCUACAAUAUCUUGUUCUAAAUGAUAAUCAAUUCACUGGAACUAUUCCGGAUAAUAUUGGUAAGAUUCCCAUGUUACAAGAAGCAUAUUUCGCCAAAAACAAGCUCUCUGGUAGCAUUCCCUUGUCUCUAGGAAAUUUAUCAUGGUUGAGUUUACUGGCCUUUGAAUUCAACAAACUUCAAGGGACAGUGCCUCCUACUCUUGGUAAUUGCAAGAGUUUACUAUACCUCUACCUUAGCCAUAACAAUCUAGUUGGAAAUGUACCUAAGCAUCUCUUUCAAGCUUCCGAAUUAGUUGAACUUCUUCUUGACCAUAACCAUCUCCAAGGCAAUCUACCUUCAGAGAUUGGUGACUUAAAGAAUUUAGUAAGUGCAGAUAUGUCCUAUAACAAUUUUUCUGGUACUAUUCCAACUAGUCUUGGCCAGUGUGUAGCUCUUACAAAUCUGUGUUUAGAAAACAAUUCCUUCAUCGGAUUCAUACCUUCGUCUUUCAGUGUUUUGAAAGGUCUUGAGCUUCUUGAUCUCUCUAGUAACAAAUUGUCUGGCCAAGUACCGAAAUACUGGUCUAACUUCUCCUCCAUGGCGACCUUGAAUUUGUCUUUCAAUAACCUUGAAGGUGAAGUUCCAACCAAUGGAGUUUUCUCUAAUCUCAGUGCAAUUUAUGUUGAUGGAAAUACAAAGCUUUGUGGAGGGAUUCCACAGCUCAAACUGCCAAGCUGCCCAACAAUGAAAUCAAAGGGGAAAAAGAAGCCUCGUGCGAUUGUGAUAGCAGUCACCAUAUCAUGUGUGAUUGUGGGACUAGCGAUUCUGUCUUCCGUCUAUCUCCUUUGCUCAAAACGACGAAGGGAGGCUUCUUCUACAGAGACAUCAUUCAAGAAACCAAUCAUAAAAGUGUCAUAUGAUAUGCUCCUCAAAGCCACUGAUGGCUUUUCUGAAGGAAAUUUGAUUGGUUCAGGUAGUUUUGGUUCUGUUUACAGAGGAACCCUUGUACUAGAUGGAGUACAAAAGGUUGUCGCUAUUAAAGUGAUCAACAAUCAGCGUCGAGGAGCAGGUAAAAGUUUUUUAGCAGAGUGUGAGGCCUUAAGAAUAAUCCGCCAUCGGAAUCUUGUAGGAGUCAUCACUGCAUGCUCAAGUAUUGACUUUCAGGGUAAUGUCUUCAAAGCACUGGUCUAUGAACUCAUGUCAAACGGGAGCCUUGACAGGUGGUUACAUUCAAACCCAGAAGACGAUUAUCAGCUUCAGAACCUAAGCCUUCUGCAGAGAUUAAAUAUAGCCAUAGAUGUAGCAAAUGCACUAGACUACAUCCACAAUGGAAAUGACAUUCCUAUCAUCCAUUGUGAUCUCAAGCCAACGAAUAUUUUGAUCGAUGUGGAUAUGACUGCUCAUGUUGGAGAUUUCGGGUUGGUGAAGCUUAUUCCAGAAAUUUCUGAACAACUGCAUAACAGCAGUUCUGUAGGAGUAAGAGGUACUAUUGGUUAUGCUGCUCCAGAGUAUGGCCUUGGAGCUUCAGUGUCAGAAGCAGCUGAUGUGUACAGCUAUGGAAUCAUUUUACUAGAGAUGAUGACUGCAAAGAAACCCACUGAUCUGAUGUUCGAGGGAGAUAUGAACCUGCACAAGUUUGCAGAGUCGGCUUUGCCUGAUCGUGUGCUGGAGAUUGUAGAUCCAAAGCUUAAAGUUGAUGAUUGUGAAGAAAGAAACAUCAACUUGAAUGAUAAAAAGGCAGUCGUGACCAAGUGUCCUUUUGAGUGUAUGAAAUCAAUGAUCAUGACUGGAGUGAGAUGUUCUUCUGAGUUGCCACAAGAUCGAAUGGAUAUAAAAGAUGUCAUUCAUCACCUGCAAUCUCAAAGGGAGCACCUUCUCCUCUGUGGGAAGCGGCAUAAAAUCCAGCAUAUACUUUGAGGAAAAUGGAGCAGCUUACCUCCUCAAUGUGACUAUCAUGAUUAUGCUCAUCCUCCCAUCUACCAAGACAGAUUUUCAGACGCCUUUCACAUGCCGGCUGAAAUACUUACUUUGUUUUAUCGAGUAUUCGAGGAAAGGAGUAGUUUACAGCAAAUGUAUCAGUUUGUAACUUUCUGAUCCAUGUAGUGCCUAUUGCCUAACUGCCUCUCCUAUUUUUCCCACUUCCCCACGGUCUAUUAGAUAAGUAAUUGUAACUGCUUCAUAAAAAUACACUUAUAGAGAAUGGUUUCUUGUCAAAUUUGAUCAUACGAAGUACUUCAUAUAUAUUGUAACUGUCAACCAAAGAUCUCUAUGUAGAAUUGGGUGCAAUUAAUGGGUGUUGAGAAGCAAACUCAGAACGCAAACCUUUAUCUGUUAAACAAAAAUAUAUGAUUCAUGAAGAUUAACUUCACUGGAGAAUUUAAAAGACACUUAUUGAUCAGCCAACCAUUCAUCCAUCCUUAAGAAAGAUAGCAAGAAUCAAACAGCAGCCCCAGACUCGCAUGCUAACUAUUCUUAACCAAGCAACACAAUUCAUAGUAGUAGCAUUCUAGGUAUUGAAGGGCUUCUGAGUUUCAGGCUUUCAGCCAAACAGUUUUUUUCUUUUUAUUUUUCUUUGGGGCAUUUUAUCAAACACCUGGUGUGUACAAUUGAAACAGUAACUUCAAAACGCUAGAUCACAUACCUGAGCGUUGUAGACUGAUCCUCCUUCAGAUCAUUUUUAUUGCAAGAAACCAAAGAGGUUCUUCGUGUUAAUCGUGUGGUGGCAAAGACAUUGCGUUCAGUGAGUACUCUGUCAGUCUGCCAGUACUGCCAACGUACGAAAACAAGUAGUCUUUCACAAGUACGACUCUAUCUCAAAUUAGUUUGUGAACAUAUCUAGCUUUAGGACAUACGGAGCAAUACUGGAAAAUUAGUUACUAAUUGAAGUGAUUUUGUAUUGAACACUAGAGCUGAAGCUUUUGAUCAUUACAAAGAUACAUUUCUCUUUUAAAACAAGGUGUUAAUAUGUCAUCGCAGCAAUGUUUGAGCUCACGGUGUAGAGAAUCAAUAG